AUGGCAGGAGAUCCCCGCGCUCUGCUUCAGAAGGCAGACAAGGCACUGUCUUCCGCCUCGGGAGGAUUCAGUUUCUUCGGCGGCAGGGAGGAGAAGUACAUGACUGCGGCAGAUACCUAUAUUGAAGCAGCAAAUGCCUUCAGGGUGCAGAAGAUGAACAGGGAAGCAGGCCAGGCUUUCGAGAAGGCUGCCAGCGUGCAGAUCAACAAUCUGAAAGAGCCCGAUGACGCUGCCAACACCUACGUCGAUGCAUUCAAGGUCUACAAGCAAGAGUCGCCCGAGGAUGCCGUGCGGUGUCUUGACUUCUCGAUUCAGCAAUACUGCAAGAAGGGAAACUUCCGCCGUGCUGCUCAGCACAAGGAGAACCUAGCAGAGGUACUCGAGACACAGAUUGGCGAUAUCAAGCGCGCCCUUGAGGCCUAUGAACUGGCUGCGGGCUGGUACGAGAGCGAUAACGCUGCAGCUCUUGCGAACAAACUCUGGCUCAAGGUCGCUGAUAUUGCCGCCCUUGACGCCGACUACUACAAGGCCAUCGGAAACUACGAAAAGGUUGCGACUGCUAGUGUUAGCAACAACCUUAUGCGAUACAGUGUCAAGGACUACUUCCUCAAGGCUGGCAUCUGCCACCUGGCUACACAGGAUUUGGUUGCGACCGACCGGGCUUUGGAGAAGUACCGUGAUAUGGACCCGACCUUUACCCAGACUCGUGAGCACCAGCUGUUGGUGGACCUCACUGAAGCCGUCAAGGCUGGCAACCAAGAGGAAUUUACCGAUCGGUUGUUCCAGUUUGAUCAGAUGUCCAAGUUGGAUAAGUGGAAGACUGAGAUCUUGGUUCGGGUAAAGAACAUGAUUGUGGCCGAGGAAGAGGACUUCUCAUAA